AUGCAAGCAACAGUGUGUAUCAGAAUUGAUAAAGCUUUGACAGCUCCGAUAAGGGCAGCGCUGUGGCAGCCACCACCGCACACUUUGAAAGACUCAAUCAUGAUUGAGUACCUCUUCACCCCAUACAUACUGGUUGGCGUCCUACUGGCCGCAGCGAUCACAGUUUACAACAGGCUACGCCCGAAUCCGGCCCUUCCAGACUUGCCAUGGCUCAAUACUCGUGAAGGGGAGCUGUUCACGAGGCUGCGCGCCGGGUUUCGUUCUACUUUGAACUACAAGCAGACUGUCCAUCAGGCGUACGAGCAGUACUCUGCGAAGGACCAGUCUUGUAUCAUACCCGAUAUCAAUGGUGCUGAGAUUGUGUUGCCAAUCUCCUCGGUUCAGUGGUUGAUCAAUCAACCAGACAGCAUCCUCAGCUCGGAGGAGUCGCAUAGGAUAUCUCUUCAGACCGACUACACAUUUGUACAUCCCUUUGUGGUCGCAAAUCCUCUCCACCACGAGACCGUACGGAAUGAAUUGACGAGGCAGCUGAGCGUCGUCACCCCCGACAUUGUAGACGAGCUGUCCGUGGCUCUCGAUGAAAUAUGGGGCAUCGACACGGUGAAUUGGAGGGAAGUCUGCGUGUUUGAUACAGCGAUGGAGAUGAUAGCACGAAUCAGCAAUCGUGUCUUCGUUGGACUCCCUCUGUGUCGCGACGCAGCCCUCCUCGGCCAUGGCAAAGGCUUUGCGACAGCCAUGGCCGUUUCCGCAGCGGUUCUCAAACAGUCCCCGGCCAUACUGCGUCCCCUGGUCGCUCCCAUUGUCACCUUGUCGAAUAAAAGGCAUACCAAGGGCUAUGCCCGGAUUGUGAGACCCGAGAUUGAGCGCCGUCAAAGACUGCUCAAUGAUAUCAACGUUGACAAGGAAAAGGGGAUCAUCGAGACAGAGCCAAAUGACUUUAUGCAGUGGACCAUUCGGCGAGCACGCGAGUCUGGAAUCCCAGUCGAGAACGAUGCGGAUAUCAUUGCGGAACGAAUUCUGGCAGUAAAUUUCGCGGCCAUUCACACCUCGACGUUCAGCGUCACCAAUGCUGUCUUCGACUUACUUGCCUCAGACCCGUCUUUGAGAUAUGUGGACCAAUUGCGGGAUGAGGCUGCCUCUGUACUUGCCCAAAAUGGCGGAAGUUGGACGAAACAAGGAGUCGCCAAAAUGAUCAAAAUUGACUCCGCUCUCCGAGAAUCCUCGCGUAUCGGCUCAUUCCUUGGUCUUGGGCUGACACGCAUAGUUAUGGGUCCAACGGGCGUUACAGCACCAAAUGGCACAUUUUGCCCAUAUAGGAGCACAAUCUCAGUCCCGACUAAUGGCCUCCACAAUGACCCAAUGCAAUAUCCUAAUGCACUCAGCUAUCAACCUCUUCGGUUCUCUCUGCAACGAAAGAACCAGAGCCGGGGCGACGGCUCUGAUGAUCAAAGCGCCAUUGCAGAAGACUACAUCAAGCAAGCCAACCUGAGUUUUGUUAGUACAUCACCUACGUACCAUGCAUUUGGCCAUGGCCGUCAUGCUUGCCCCGGGCGCUUCUUUGCUGCAAACGAGUUGAAAUUGCUUCUGGCACACAUGUUGCUGAAGUACGAGUUUGAGAUGUUGCCCUCACGACCGGAAAGCAAAUGGUUGGGCACGGCGCUGGUUCCGCCAAUGAAAGCGACCAUCAAGAUACGACGCAGGGUUGAUUGA